AUGUCGACAGCACAAAAUGGUGAUUACUUAUCAUUCGGGGAUAAAAAUUACGGAUUAGGUACAGUUUUAAAUUGGGACGAACAUAAUCAAAGAGUUCUGAAAGGAGAUAUAAUUGGCAUAACCGAUAAUAACACUUCUAUAACAAAAAACUGUAUCGUCAAAGUCAACCAGACUUCUUGCAACGAUUUCAGUGAUACCACGGACCAACUUCAGCAUCGGGCUCGUCAUAUAAACUACUGGAAAGCUGAAUUAGAAAGAGCUAUAAGAGAUAUAGAUGCAGAAAUAAACGUUUUAGAAGCUCAAAGGCAGCAAGUGAAAAAUGCGAUGGACACACUGAAAAUACCACACUACAUAACUGAAGAAUGCUUGGAUUUGAGACGCAACAGGAUGCAAUCAGAUCUUAUUUACGAUGAACCACAAGAGCAGCUGUUCACAGAGUCCGCUCUCAUUGAGAAUGUCGGAAAAUUACACCGUGAAAUGCUGAGGGACAUUGAGAGUCAAUUGAAAAUGAACAUCGCUGCGAAGGACGCGUUAGAGAACGAUUGGAGUAACAAAUAUUUAGCAUUCAAAUAUGAGAGCAAUAACGCAGAUUUGGAGACUAAAGCGGAGAACGUGAAAGAUUCGGCUGGAGCGACCAGAUUAUCUGAAGGGCAAUCUAACGUCCAAUCUUGGGAACAGUAUACUGUAAAUUCCUUGUCACAGUUCAAACAUUCUAUAGAUAGGUCAAAGGAACUUAGAGCUAAAGUAGAAGCAGUUCUUAUAAAUACUGCUAGAGAUUUGCGUACACAGGACAUUAAGGUGAAUAAAGCUCUCAGCGAGAGGAUCGCUCGAAUGGAACAAGUGAAAAUCGAUCUAGAGGAUCAGUUACGUUUGACGUUGGAGAAGAUUGUUGAGACCGAAAACAUUUUAGAGAUGUUGCACGAGGAAAUGCUCAAGGUCUCGCAGCGCCUACAAGUAGCGCAAACGCGAUUGAAUACUAAGAACUGCAGACCGAACGUUGAAAAUUGUAGGGAAGGCUCUUUGAUAGGCCUGAUCGAAGAAGUGAGGGAUCUGAAUGACAGUAUGAGCUUGCUGCAGAAAAGAUCUUUGGAAACAGAGAAGUUGAGGGCUGAUUUGAUACACGAAAGGUCGAUUUUGGAGAAUGAAAUUACAGUGAAAAAGAAGACAUUGUUUAUCGACAACGAACACUGUCUGUUUUUGAGAUCACACUAUCAGUCUGCUGAAAAACUAUGCGGUUAUUGA